AGGUAUGAAAUUUCCGCGCCAACUACUUCUCUCCAGCGUCGAAUUCCAACCCUAACAACGACCUCAAUGCAUUUUCUUCUCUGUCUCAUUCUCAAUUCUCUUAUUUUUCUCUGAUCUUUCCUCCUAUCGAUCGGAAAUGGAGGUCGACGAUCGCUUUGUGGAAUUGAAUACCAGGACCUGUGUGGUGUUGGGCGGUCGUGGAUUUCUCGGCCGAUCUCUCGUUCUCCGCCUCUUGAAACUCGCUAAGUGGAAUGUUCGUAUCGCUGAUUCUGCUGAAUCGCUUGAACUCGAUCCCUCUGAGCAGGAUUCUCUCCUCUCUGACGCGCUUGUCGCUGGCCGGGCUUCGUAUUUCCAUGUCGAUGUUCGCAAUAAGGAUCAGAUCGUUGCAGCUCUCAGUGGUUCUUCUGUUGUGUUUUAUAUGGACUAUGAAGAUUCACAUUCAAAUGAUAUUUAUCUCUCAUACAUGUUUAUAGUUCAAGGUGCCAAAAAUGUCAUUAAUGCUUGUCGAGACUGCAAAGUAAGACGGCUAAUAUUCAACAGUUCAGCUGAUGUAAUUUUUGAUGGUUCACGUGAUAUACAAAAUGGAGAGGAACCAUUGGCAUACCCACGGAAAUUUGAGGACAUGUUGAGUGACCUAAAGGCUCAAGCUGAAGCACUCAUCCUGUUUGCCAACGAUAUAGAUGGACUUCUAACAUGUGCACUUCGCCCAAGCAAUGUUUUUGGGCCGGAAGACACACGACUAGUUCCUUUUGUGGUGAAUCAGGCAAAAUCUGGUUUGGCUAAGUUCAUUAUAGGGAAUGGCGAAAACCUGUCUGACUUCACAUUUGUUGAGAAUGUGACCCAUGCCCAUAUCUGUGCAGAGGAAGCACUAGAUUUUCGAAUGGUGUCUGUGGCUGGAAAGGCAUUUUUCAUCACCAAUUUUAAGCCCAUGAAGUUUUGGGAAUUUAUCUCUCUCAUUUUGGGAGGCUUGGGUUACCGAAGGCCAUCCGUAAAACUUCCCUUUAAGAUGGUUUGGAAUGUUCUCUUGUUUUUGAAAUGGAUACAUGAAAAGUUUGGAUUCAGUAGAUAUAAUCAUUCCACUUGGGCUCGUUACAUUCAGCUAGCCACGUGCACUAGAACCUUUAACUGUGUUGCUGCACAUAAACAACUUGGGUACUCUCCUAUAGUCUCCAUGGAAGAAGGCAUCACACUAACCAUUGAAUCAUUUUCACAUUUGCGCAAAGAAUUAUCUCUUGCAAGUCUCACUGAAUUUACCGAAGAAUCAAAAGCCGAUAAGCUGCUGGGUGGUGGAAGAGUUGCCGAUAUAUUGUUAUGGCGAGAAGAGAAGAAGUCAUUCACGUGUUUUCUUGCUUCGUUUCUAUUGUUUUAUUGGUUUUUUCUACGUGGAGGAACUUUUAUAUCAUCGGUAGCUCAGCUUCUGUUGUGUAUCGUUGUCGUCCUUUAUGGAUAUGGCUUCAUACCAACAAACAUAUAUGGGUUUCCUGUCCAGAAAUUAUCUGCGACUAUGUUUGGACCAUCUGAUACAGUAGUCAGAGAUUCAAUCAUGGGCAUAGCAUGCUUGUGGAAUAGAGGUGUACAUAACGCAAGAUCAUUGGCCCGAGGAGAGGAUUGGAAUUAUUUUUUUAAGGCCGUAACAUUUCUUUACGUCCUCAAGCUGUUUCUCUCACGAUCCUUGACUUUGCUGAUAGGCAUGGGACUGGUGUUUGCAUUCACUGCAUUCUUUGUGUAUGAGCAAUACGAAAUCGAGAUUGAUGGAUUUGCUAAGUUCCUUUUCAUCAGCAUCAUGGAAUUAAAGAGUGUACUUGCAAGUCAUUUACCACCUCCAUUGAUGUCAUCUCUCUGGUGUAACAAAUUAUCACAUCAACCUAACGAAGUUGCAAUGUCAAAGCGUUAGAGCAGAAUCCCAGAACGUUGAAGGAUUGGAAGAUUGUUCGAUUGGAUCUCCUUCCAAUCUAUCCGUUAGCUUUCUCAGGUUUCUACCAGAAUAUAUAAAGUCUUUCCCCCCAGGAGAAGCGAAAUGGAGCUAAUCUAUCUUAAUAGAAAACUCGACCCGGGUUCUUAUCUUCUCACAAUAUUUUAUACCAUCUCUGUGCAAUAAAACGUUGAAAUGCGAUGCGUAGUGUAGCAGGUGCAACCGAGAUGUUGAUGAAUAUUUGGGUUGAGUCUGGCUUUUCCCUCCUUUUCUAUCAACAACAUUACUUGUACUAUUGGUAGCCAGCAGCUAGGGCAGUUUUUCAAACGUGGGGCUGCAAUUUCAUUUUCCUUGACACACCGUACAGUCUUGAAGAUGAUACAAAUUCCCUCUCCCCUUGAAUGCAACGCAAUUUCUUAAGCCUUUUACUUUGUGAUUUAAAGUUACUUUGGUUUCUAAAUUUUAAAUUUUGUUC